AUCAGAGGACCAAUAAACGGUGUGCACCUUCCCUCUCACGAGAUCUCUCUCACUUUUUCUUUCUUUCCCUCUCACAAGCAUACUUCACUAAACUCAACUUAAAGCUUGAGUUUAUUUCCAUCUCAAACGUAUCUUUCCAUUUUUUGACAUGUUCCUACUUUCUAUGGUCAUCAACCCCCUUUAGCCGUUCAAAAAUAAUAGUGGAAGUAGAAGAAGAUCUUUGAUGACCCACUUUGCUAAAUUCAAGGCUGAAUAGUCCCAUGUUGAGAAAAAGAAGAUGAUGAUGCUGACCACAACUGUUAUCACCUUGCUCCUAGGAACUUUGCGCAACUAGCACACUACCACCACCCUUAUCCCGUGAAAGAAUCCUCAUGUAAAUCUCUCUCACAAUUCUCAUCACCAUGCCCUCGUGUCAUCACACCAACACCAACAACCACCUCAACCUCAACGAAGGUCUCACACAGAACCACAACAAGACAAGGAAACGAGGUUGUUCCUCUUCCUCCUCAUCCUCUUUGGUACGAAGAUACCGUUUCAAGAGAGCCAUUUUGGUUGGGAAAAAAGGAGGGUCUAGCACCUCAGUUCCUUUGUGGAAGACUAGGACGAGUUCUCCUUCUCUUCCUGCACAACACACAACGAAGCCUUUGCAUUCUUGUGCCUCCAUGUUGCCCUCCAAGGACAAGGAACUUUCCGUGUCAGCGAGGAAACUCGCUGCUACGCUGUGGGAAAUCAAUGAUUUGCCUCCUUCGAGGGUCAAGAAGGAAUUCGAGGUUGACCAACUGAGAGCGUGCAAGGAGAAGGUUCGAGGCAGAGAGAAAGGUGUCAGAUCGGGCUUGUUGAGGCCACAGAUGUCAGAUCCAUCGCAUAGUCCUGCCUCGGAGAGAAUGAAGGGGCUUGAAGGGGAUAGCUGCAAGAGAAGAGUGUCGGGGUUUUCCCAUCAACUUCUAUCGGGUGAUUACUAUUUGGAUGCUCUUGAUGCUCAUAUCAGUGCCCAUUUUAUUGAGGAGGUGGAAAAUCAGUUAAGAAAUGAGAAGAAUCGUGGGAAAUGCACGGGUGGUGUUAAGAACCGUCUGAAGGAAGCUAGAAGUGGCCUAUCUACAUCAAAGAAGCUUCUAAAGGUGUUGAAUCAAAUGUGCCUUAGAGAGCAGCAAGCAUCAAGCAUGCCUCUUGUUUUGGCUCUGGGGAGUGAGCUUGAUAGGGUGUGCCACCAAAUUGAUCAACUGAUCCAAGAACAGCGCUCGAACUCGAACCAGAACGAUAUAGAGCAUGUCAUGAAGCAUUUUGCAGAAGAGAAGGCUGCUUGGAAAAGAAGAGAACGAGAAAGGGUUCAUGAUGCCAUAAAACAUGUGGCAGAAGAGCUUGCAGUGGAGAAGAAGUUGAGAAGGCAAACUGAACGGUUGAAUAAGAAGAUUGCCAAAGAAAUGGCUAGUGUGAAAGCUUCUCAUUUGAAAGCUUCCAAAGAGCUUGAAAGGGAGAAGCGCGCAAAGGAGAUUUUGGAGCAAAUAUGUGAUGAACUAGCCAGAGGCAUUGGUGAAGAUAGAGCACAGGUGGAGGAACUGAAAAGGGAAUCGGCUAAGGUUCGCGAGGAGGUGGAGAAGGAAAGGGAAAUGCUUCAGUUAGCCGAUGUUUUGCGCGAGGAGAGAGUCCAGAUGAAGCUUUCUGAGGCUAAGUAUCAGUUUGAGGAGAAAAAUGCUUUUCUGGAGAAGCUCAGAAAUGAGCUUGAGAACUACAUGAGGACUAAAGAUGGGCAAAAUGAGGAUGUUUCUCCAGAAUGUAAAAAGAUCAAGGAUCUUGAGUCUUAUUUCAAUAAUGUCUGUAGGGGAUUCCAGAAUGCAGAGAAAGAGGAUGAUUCGGAUGUUGAAAAUGAUGUACAACAUGAAGGAGAUGAUGAUUCAGAUGAUAGUGAUCUCCAUUCCAUUGAAUUAAACAUGGACAAUGAGAGUAAAGGCUACAAGUGGGGUUAUGCUUGUGAAAAUGCUGCUCAAGAUAAGAGGUUUUCAUUUGACAAAGGGAGUAUAGGGAGGAAGUCUUUCUCUGAGAAAAUUCAGUGGGGAAGUAUUUGCUUCAACAAGGGAGCUUCAAGUGGUAGGAAGAGGGAUUUUUCUAUAAAUAUUCAGGAAUUUUCUGAUCAUUUUGAUCCUGAUAGGUCAAUUGAAUUUCUCUCACAAGCAAGGAUACAAGAUGAUAAGGAUGAAACUCAGAGCAAUAGGUCUACCAAGGGGCUCCAAGACUCUAUGUCAUGUGCCAAUUCUGAUAAGAGAAAUGGUCUACUAUUAACUUUGCAGUGUGCUAGUAGAGAAGCGGGGGAAAAUGCUCUUGCCCUGGAGGGUGACAAUGCAGGAAAAAAAAAUGGAUGUUAAGAAUUUUGAUAGUGGUAGUUAGUAACUUAUUAUCAGAGAUAGCUUAUACUAUUUCUGUUCUGAACUGUAAAUGCUGUCUUUGAUGAGUUGAAUAUGUUCAAGGUUUAUUAUCAUUGUUAUGUUGGUAAUUGUUAAACCUAUAGCAAGAAACAUGUACAUAUUGAAUAGAGUCGCAUACUGCAGUUUUGUGCUGGCUACUUCUAACUUUACUGGCAUUUAAAGUGCAAGUCCUUUUUUUUAAUGCUCUA